CGAGUGUUGGCGCGAGAUUUCCCCCCACCCCUAACAAAAUCCUUUCUACCCAUCGGAGAUUCACUAACCCUUUCCUUGAAUUCAAGUGAUUUGGGGUUUUGUUUUUCUUCAAAUGGCAGAAUUAGAACAAAGUAAAAUCGUUGAUAAAGAUGUGAUUUUUGCUGUUAAUGAAUGUGACUGGAAGGUGUCAAUGACUACUACCUUGAAGACUUGGAGGGAAGUGUCAGACAUUAAUAUUCAACUGGCUGAGGGUUUAAAACCAGAAUGUCUGCUGAAAUUGUAUGACCUGCUCAUCAGUUUGUCUGUGGACUCGUUAUCACGGUGUCCUGGUGAAAAGUUUACCGAUAUAUGUAAAAUGUCCAAUUUUCUCUUUGAAGAACUUUCAGGGAGGAUCGAACAUUUAUUUUCUAAUGUUGGGCAGCAUAUACUAUGUUCAGAUUCAUGGGGUCUUCUACAGGAGUUAACUCUUUUGUUAAGAUGUUGUAUUUCUAUGUUGCACUUGCUUGAGUUCGACGGAAGUCUCCUCAUUGAAAAGUGCGAAAUUCUCUUAAGUACACUCAGAAUAUUAUGUUCUCCGGAGUUAGCAUCCACGACAGGAAGGAAGGGGAAAAGUGUUUGUAUCACCUCUGUGUCCUGUGCAUUUCUUCCUGUCCUGCACUCAAUCAUCGAGGUGUUCAUCAAUGAAUUCCUAGUGCACAAGGAAUUAGGAGAUUAUUUUACGACGGUAGAGACUGUCUCUUCAACAAGUGAUAACCUAUUUAUGGAUCCAUUGAAUCAAGGUUCAAGAGAUGUUGUGUUGGAGUUGAUUUCUUCUCAUUUUCUUCUAUCAGUUUCUGAUGAGCCAACCUUCAAGAACUCCUUGGAACCAUUCCUUCUGCUGUGUGAUGAAAAGCCCCCUUUCCUUGACCUAAUAAGCCUAAAUGCAGCUAUGCAAUUACUUUCAACAGUCGUCAUAUAUUCUCCACCACAAAUUUUACAAGCGCAUAUGAUUUCCUUGGUUUCUAGAUGCAGUGGCAUUAGCAUGGCUUCAUAUAAUCAAGCAUCAGAUUCAAGACUAGUGAACUGGUACAUAUCAGCGUUUGAAAUAUCAGUGGACUUGUAUUCCCAAAACAUGUCAAGUUUACAAUUGGGUGAUACUCAUGGAGAACCUAAAAGUGGGUUUGGUUUCAGUGGUAAACAAUGUACGGCGGGAGGAUUAUCACAUCUAUCAUUUGAAUCUUAUAUUCAGCUGGACAUGUAUAGUCAACUGAAAGUUCACACAACUAACUUUCCUACGUCUGCUCAUCUUUUGCAGUCGAAAAUGAAGUCUCAUUAUAAGAAUGCUUGUAUUGCAUAUAUGAAGGAGAUUCAAAAUAUUCUUAACGUGUCAUCCAGAGACGAAAGUUUCUCUGUUUUGAGUAACAUUAUAUCAAGGAUCCUUUCUGGAGAUAUUGGGACUAGUAAAUUGUGGAAAAAUGGAAACAUAAGUCAGCAGAAAAUGUAUCUUUUGGCUUCCAUAGUAAACUUGAUGAGUAGUUCACUGUUGCAAACAAUCUGGGCAAUGCAAAAAGGAAGUUUGGGUAAUGCUGAAAUGCGAAAACUUUAUUCUCAGUGUAAGGAGUACGAUAUGAUCAUAAGCAAAAUUAGCUGUUUCCAGCAGUGUAGGAUUACCCCCCAGUCAAUAUGUACCCUAGUAGCGGAUAUGAUGGCACAUUACCCUGCAAGGCAUAAGCACUCGAAAAUGAUGUUUGUGCACUUUGCAAGCUUGCUAUUGUUUAGUUUUGAAGCUGGGCUUGAGUUCUUAAGCAAGAGUUGUAUACUUAUGCUGAUGACAUUGAUGAAUCUAUUUAAUCUUGAAAAGGGUAAUCUGCAUGCACUGAAACAUCUUGAAGUCGAAUCUUUAUCAUCUCCACGUUCAAAUAAAUCAUUAGUGGUAACAUCCUCUUCUUUAUUGAAGUCGUUAGGGCUAUAUGGCCGUGCAUUGCAGAGGCUAGAUUUCUGAAUUUUGCGAAUCCGUAUGUCAGGACAAAUUAAUCAAUUCAACCAGAAGCUUCAAAAAGUUCCCUAAUCAGUGAUGGUGUAAAACAGUUUGCUCUUAGCACAAAAGAGAAAACUAGAAGGGAUUAUAUGUGUGGCGGCGAGAAUUGUUUGAAACAUAUACUAGGUAAAGAUAGACCGCCAGAUUAUGAUGAGUUGGCUGAUUUUGUUCAGUGCAAGGAAAAGAUCAUUCGAAAUGGCUGAGAGAUUGAAAAGUAUCGAAAUUAUGCAUGGGAAAAAAGGCAGGCAACGGGAAAGAUAGGAAGAAAAAGAGGUCAGCCCUGGCUUUACAACAGCUGGUGGAUUCGAGCAUGAACCAGUUUCUGAAGGAGGAAGUCGAAGUCCUGCAGAUAUGACCGCAUUUAUAAGUUAUUAAAUGGUUGCCUCAUACAUGAAUUCUGUGCUUGACCAAAAAAAUGAGCAUAACAACGGUGUUCAAUCUUAAGAGAGUGCUGUUAACUCAGUGGAUUUGAUUCUUUUUAUACGUGAUAAGAAACCUAGCUUUAGAAUAAGAAAGUAUUAGAUCAGAAUAAGUUAUAAGCAUGAGCAUAACGACAUUCAAUGUAUUUUAGAGAUAAGUCAUGUUUUAGUAUCAGUUUUGUGGGUACAUUUGCUUACAAGAAUAGAAGUCAUGUAUGAGGAAACAAGUUUAUGACCCUCUAGAGUGAUGCACAUAUAUGCUCUCGCAGUUACAUAGAACAUAUAUGAUUUUGAUUUUUUUUUUUUUCAUUCUUUUGGGGCUUUCUUUUUUCUUUUCUGAAAUGUAAUUGCUCCCCUCUCUGGAUUUUGUACUCUUGUCACCUAUUGUCACGAUUACCUUGUACACGGACACAAUAUUCCAAUAUUUUGUGACCUCUUUUUAAUCUAAUCUGCUCUUUCUUAUCAAAAGAUUGCGGCUUAAUUCUAUUAUGUGUUAUUUAGUUAUUUAGUUCCUAUGCUUGAUUCUGGCUUGAUCCCUC